AUGAAAGGACAGAAUAAUGUCAGGAAAAGCGUGUCUACUAUGAUACAAGAAGACGGCUCUGGCGCUAAAGAAUACCUCAAUAAACCAAUAUGGACAUUCAAAGCUACAGAGAAUUUUGCUUGGCAGAAGGAUUCGGGGUCUUGUUGUCGAGAUUUUGAGAGGUUGAAUGAAUCAGUAACAAGUAUGUUAAUUCGAGUAACCGAUCUAGAAGCUCAAAAUAAAAGACGGGAAAUCAAAUCUCGUCGACUGGAAAAAGAAAUGCAGAGAUUACGAAAACUAACCAUACCUCCAAAGUGUCCACAAGGUUUCAAGCCGAGCAGACAUAGUUGUUAUUUAUUAGUUAAAAAUGAAAAAACUAAGCGGAAUGCUGCUCGUUACUGCAGACGUAAAUCUUUUUCGCAUCUGGUCAGAAUUCAGAGUGAGGGUGAAAUAGAAAGACUGACCGACUAUCUCGAGAAAGAAAAUGAUGUUCCAUCAACACUAUAUACAGUAGGGUAUUUAAAUGGUAGUUUGACGGCUGGUACGCUUGCUGGUGAUGCUCAUUGGGUAUGGAGUAAUUCAGAACCUAUCAAAUUUUCUCAGUGGAACAAACUAGGUCAUCUGCCUGCAAACGAUGUGUGGGACCGAACGGCGACUUGUGUGGUUUUAGUUAAAACGGAGAAUGGAUGGGUUCUGAAAAGUGAAUACUGUAAAGAAAAUAGAGCGUUUAUAUGUGAAAAACGAAAAGUGCGAUCGAGUCGGCCGAGGAGAAUAAUACAUUGA